AUGUUUGUGGGUGAGGCAGCUGUAUCUUCAUUCCUUGCUGUUGUGAUUGACAAGUUGAUCGCGGGCCCGCUGUUAGAGUAUGCACGAAGGCAGAAAGUUGACAUGACACUCCAAGAAUGGAGGAAAAAAUUGCUGCAUAUCGAAGCUGUGAUGAAUGAUGCUGAGGAGAAGCAGAUAAAGGAGAGAGCAGUAAAAGUCUGGUUGGAUGAUCUCAAAGCUUUGGCCUACGACAUUGAAGAUGUCCUGGACGAGCUGGUCACGGAAGCCAAUCGACACAGCUUGACAGAAGGACCUCAACCCAGCUCCAGCAAGGUACGGAAGUUCAUCCCAACUUUCCAUCCUAGCAGGUCCGUGUUCAAUGGCAAGAUUAGCAAAAAGAUAAAGAAAAUUACUGAGGAUCUAGAUACCAUUGCAAACCGAAAAUUUGGCCUUCAUUUGAGGGAAGGCGUUGGAGGGUUUUUAUUUUCGGCCGAGGAAAGGUUGACUACUUCCCUGGUAGAUGAGUUUGGGGUUUUUGGUAGGGAUGCUGAUAGGGAGAAGAUUAUGGAGUUGUUGCUAUCAGAUGAAGUAUCUGCUGAUCAGAAAGUUGGGGUAAUUCCUAUUGUUGGUAUGGGUGGGGUUGGUAAAACAACCCUCGCUCAGAUUAUCUACAAUGACAAGAGGGUGGAGGACCAUUUUGAUACGAGAAUUUGGGUCUGUGUUUCUGAUCAAUUUGAUUUGGUAGAAAUAACAAAAGCUAUUCUAGAAUCGGUCACUAAAGACUCAUCACACUCUAGAAAUUUACAAUUCCUGCAAGAUGGUUUGAAGAAAGAAUUGAAUGGGAAAAGAUUUUUGCUUGUUUUAGACGAUAUAUGGAAUGAGAACCCCAACAACUGGAGUGUCUUGCAGGCUCCUUUUAGGGUUGGAGCACACGGUAGUUUCGUCAUGGUAACUACUCGCAAUGAAAAUGUUGCAUCAAUUAUGCGCACUACUGCUUCUUAUCAUCUUAACGAACUAUCUGACAAGUAUUGUUGGUCUUUAUUUGCACAUCUUGCCUUUGAAAACAUAACUUCAGAUGCACUGCAAAAUUUGGAACUAAUUGGUAAGAAAAUUGUGAAGAAAUGUAAAGGGUUGCCAUUGGCAGCAAAGACGCUUGGUGGUCUCCUACGCUCUAAACAAGAUGAGAAUGCUUGGAAGGAAAUGUUGAAUAACAAAAUAUGGGAUUUACCCGCUGACCAAAGUAGUAUUCUUCCAGCUCUACACUUGAGUUACCAUUAUCUCCCCACCAAACUGAAGCAAUGCUUUGCGUACUGCUCUAUAUUCCCAAAGGGUUAUGAAUUUGAAAAGAAGCAAUUGAUUUUGUUAUGGAUGGGAGAAGGUUUGGUUAAUGGCUCAAGAAGAGGAGAGACAGUAGAAAAAGAAGGUGAAACAUGUUUUCACAAUCUAUUGUUGAGAUCAUUUUUUCAGCAAUCUAAUCAUGACAAGUCAUUGUUUGUGAUGCAUGACUUGAUUCAUGAUUUAACUCAAUUUGUCUCUGGAGAAUUUUCUUUUAGGUUGGAAUUUGGAAAACAAAACCAAAUUUCAAAAAGGGUCCGAUAUUUAUCAUACGUUCGAGAAGAAUUUGAUGUCUCCAAGAAAUUUAAUCCUGUUCAUGAAACUUCUAAUUUGCGAACUUUCUUACCAUUGACUAUGCCUCAUGGAGUUUCUACUUGCUACCUAUCCAAGAUAGUUAGUCAUCAUCUAUUGCCAACAUUAAGAUGCUUACGGGUUGUCUCCCUGUCUCACUAUCAUAUCACCCAUUUGCCUGAUUCAGUAGGAAAGUUGAAGCAUUUGCGCUAUUUGGACCUUUCCUACACUGCAAUCCAUAAAUUACCUGAAUCAAUAGGUAUGCUUUUCAACUUGCAAACGUUGAUGCUAUCAAACUGUAAUUUUCUUUCUGAAGUGCCAUCAGAGAUUGGAAAACUCAUCAACUUGCGUUAUUUUGAUAUUAGUAAAACUAAAUUAAAAGGGAUGCCAAUGGGAAUUAAUAGACUGAAGGACCUUCAAGUACUGACUACUUUUGUUGUUGGAUGGAAGCAUACUGCAGCAAGAAUUAAGGAUUUGCGGGAUCUUUCACAACUUGGGGGAACGCUCUCGAUUUUGAACUUGCAGAAUGUGGUGUGUGCAGCAGAUGCUUUAGAAGCUAAUUUGAAAGAUAAGGGAAAGCUCGAUCACUUGGUGUUUGGAUGGGAUUGUAAUGCAGUUUCUGGUGAUUUGCAGAAUCAAACAAGAGUUCUUGAAAACCUACAGCCUCACAACAAGUUGAAAACCCUCACUAUUGAGUACUACUAUGGCUCAAAAUUUCCAAAUUGGUUAGGUGAUCCUUCUUUCAUGAAUUUAGUUUUCUUGCAACUCAAAAGCUGUAAAAACUGCUUGUCUUUGCCACCAAUUGGGCAGCUUCAGUCUCUCAAGGGCCUCUCUAUUGUGAAAAUUGGAGUGCAGAGGGUUGGUCCAGAGUUCUGUGGGAAUGGUUCUGGUUCAUCUUCCUUUAAGCCCUUUGGAUCCCUGAAAACACUGAAGUUUGAAGAGAUGUUGGAGUGGGAGGAAUGGACUUGUUCUCAAGUUGAAUUCCCUUGUCUAGAAGAGCUCUAUGUCCAGAAAUGUCCAAAGCUGAAAGGCGAUAUACCCAAGCACCUUCCUCUCUUGACAAAACUUGAGAUUACUGAAUGUGGGCAGCUAGUGGAUUCUCUUCCAAUGGUCCCCUCCCUUUGUGAAUUGAAGCUGACAGAAUGUAAUGAUGUGGUGUUUAGAAGUGCUGUUGACAUCACCUCACUUACUUCUUUAAUUGUCAAUGAUAUUUGUAAGAUACCACUGGAAUUGCAACACCUUCAUUCUCUUGUAAGAUUGACCAUUGAUGGUUGUCCAGAGCUAAGGGAAGUACCACCAAUUCUACACAAGCUCAACUCUCUUAAACAGUUGGUUAUCAAAGGAUGCUCAAGUCUUCAGUCACUUUUGGAGAUGGGGCUCCCACCCAUGCUUCGAAAGCUUGACAUCGAAAAAUGCGGCAUUCUGGAGUCCUUGGAAGAUGCGGUGAUGCAAAACAAUACUUGUCUCCAACAGCUGACUAUCAAAGAUUGUGGUUCUCUGAGGUCCUUCCCCAGCAUUGCUUCUCUGAAAUUUCUUGAUAUAAAAGACUGUGGGAAGCUGGACUUACCCCUGCCUGAGGAGAUGAUGCCCAGCUACUAUGCUUCCCUUACAACACUUAUUAUAAACAGUAGUUGUGAUUCUCUCACUUCCUUCCCAUUAGGUUUCUUCAGAAAGCUUGAGUUUUUCUAUGUGAGCAACUGCACAAAUCUGGAGUCCCUUUCCAUUCCAGAUGGCAUUCACCAUGUUGAGUUCACAUCUCUUAAUUACAUGUACAUCAAUAAUUGUCCGAAUCUGGUGUCUUUUCCACAAGGAGGAUUGUCAGCUCCCAACCUAUCAGUGCUUAUUCUCCAACAGUGCAAGAAGCUAAAGUCACUGCCCCAAGGAAUGCACACCCUCCUUACAUCCCUUGAGAUAUUGGUAUUAUAUGAUUGUCAAGAACUUGUUUCGUUUCCUGAUGAGGGUCUGCCAACUAAUCUAUCUUUACUUGACAUCUCAAACUGCUACAAGCUCAUGGAGCACAGGAUGGAGUGGGGCUUGCAAAGGCUUCCAUUUCUUAAAAAUUUUUAUUUGAGAGGAUGUAAAGAAGAGAUAUCAGACCCAUUUCCAGAGAUGUGGCUUCUGCCCUCCACCCUCACCUUUCUUAUUAUUGAGGAUUUUCCAAAUCUGAAAUCUCUAGCCAAGGAGGGGUUUCAGCAUCUCACCUCUCUUGAAAGGCUUUACAUUUCCAACUGUGAUGAACUCAAAUCCUUUCCAAAAGAGGGGUUGCCAGGCUCCCUCUCUGUGCUUAGAAUUGAGGGCUGUUCUCUGCUAACGAAACGGUGCCAGAGGGAUAAAGGGAAAGAAUGGCCCAAAAUUGCUCAUGUUCCUAGCAUAAAGAUUGAUAAGGAAGUCAUUUUACCAUGA